GGAUGGACCCUUAACUCGGGUUGGAAGGACGGAAGGAAGGAUCACUCAUCCAACGAGCGCAAACGAGAGGGGGCCGAGCAAGAGCGAAACGUUGUGCGCAAAAAAAAACCACCCCAAAAAACCCCCCACACACAACCCUGUGGCUGCGGCAGCGGAGGAGAGCUGGGUGCCUCAGAUGGUCUCAAAACGACAAGUUUCACUUUCCACGUGCGGAUGGGUGACUUUCCACGGCGCUUUGUGAGGAGGAGAUGAUGAAGAAUUUCAGCAGCAGUCCCCUUCACAGCAACAACAACCAGACUCCCAACCACGUUAGAGAGCGGAACAACAGAAAGCACAGCCUGCUCUCUGCGCUGCCGCUGCGCUUUUCCCUGCGCGGUUAUGGUUUCUGCAUGGCUACGCUGUUCCUCUUCUGUUUCGCUUCUCUGUUUUACCAGCUGAACGGAGGACCCCCUAAAAUCUUGCUGGACAUCCGACAGUAUCUCGGUGAAUCCACAUAUCUGGAUGACCACGGACCUCCUGCCCCAAGAGUACUCCCGUUCCCCAGCCAGGUGGUUUAUAACCGUGUGGGGAAGUGCGGAAGCCGGACGGUGGUCAUUUUGCUGAGAUUACUGGCUGAGAAACAUCAGUUCAACCUGGUCUCCUCUGAUAUCCACAAUAAAACACGCCUCACAAAACAUGAACAGGUGGAUCUCAUGAAGAACAUCAGUAAUAUCCCUCAGCCAUUCCUCUAUACACGGCAUGUUCACUUCCUGAACUUUACCAGGUUCAGGAUAGAGCAGCCGGUCUACAUCAACAUAAUCAGGGACCCCAUCAACCGGUUCCUCUCGAACUACUUCUUCCGUCGCUUUGGUGACUGGAGGGGUGAGCAGAACCACCUCAUUCGAACCCCAGGGAUGAAAGAUGAUGAGAGAUACCUGGAUAUCAAUGUGUGCAUUCUAGAGAAUUACCCAGAGUGCUCCAACCCCAGAGUUUUCUACAUCAUUCCCUACUUCUGUGGACAGCAUCCUCAGUGCAGGGAGCCUGGAGUAUGGGCUCUGGAGAGGGCCAAACAGAAUGUGCUGGAGAACUACCUCCUUGUGGGUAUACUGGAAGAGCUGGAGGAUGUUCUGCUUCUGUUGGAGAGGCUCUUACCUCAUUACUUUAGUGGAGUACUCAACAUCUACAAGAGCCCUGACUAUAAGAAGAUGGGGAACAUGACAGGCACGGUACGUAAACACACACCCACUCUGGAGGCCCUGCAGGUGCUGUACCACCGCAUGCGCUACGAGUAUGAGUUCUACAACUUCAUCCGAGACCAGUUCCACCUCAUGAAGAAAAAAAUUGGGCUCAAGUCUGUCUCCCAACCCUCGGCCCACUCACCGUCUUUCCUACGAGAGCUGGCCCUCCGAACCCCAGAGCCUCUUGAUGAAGAAGAGGAGCUGGACGCAGAAUUGGAAGAUGCUAACAGCUGGCUGGUCCAUCCCUAAGGACUGUUUGAUGAACAGUGGAUGUUGCCAAAAAAAAAAGCUGAUGUGCUUGGAUUGGCUGGAGAUAGCUGGAGGCAGCCUGAGGGCAAAGGGGAGCAAUCCCCAACUUUCAGCAUUCCUAAAAAAAGUGAGGUUUGUUUUAGGGUGUGUGGAUCCUGAAGCUCGUGUUUUUUCGGGCUCUGUUUUCCAUCUGCAAUAGACUCCUAUCAUGACAGGCUCAGCGCUGAGGACUAUAGAGUUGAGUAUUUGGAAGGACAAAAUGCUUUAUUUAAAAACGUGACCGAAGACAGUGGGAAAUUCUUUCAAGCUCAAUUUGCUUGACUCAAGUUUUGUUUUAAUUUGAGCUUGUUUUUGGGUUUGUUAAUGUAAAAUUUAACAAAACAAAAAAAUCAUUGCUAUAAUCUCCAGGAGAGAUUAGCACAAGAUGUGGAUAGGUAAAUGUGUUGGGAAAUAUUCAAAAUGUUGAUUCCUGGAUCAUUUACUGUAGAAGAGGACAAGACAAAGGUUCAUACUGGAAGGGAUAAUGUCAUAAAAGCUGGAAUGGGAAAUGGUAAAAAUAAAUAAAAAGUACCAAAACCCUUUUUGUAUAUUAGCAGUCUAUGACUGCUCCAAGCGCCAAACCCCACUAAGCAUUCCAGUAGCUGACAAUAAGCCUUGGUGCAUAACUGGUGGAGUUGUGACAUAAGCAAGUCAUUUGUGAUGGUAUUGGUUUAUAACAUUUUGUUCAAUUUGUAAGAUAUUGUUAGGUAUAAAUGAGGGUUAGACAGUAAGCACCCAAUUAUGAAUUCAAAGAAUUCCAACUGUGUGUGCAUGAAUGAUUGAGUUUGACCAAACCAGUAGUGUAUUCUAGCAUGGAUUUAUUAUUUGAGGCAGGUCAUUUGUUGAGAGUCAAACACUUAAAUGAAUUUAGCGUAGCUUGUUUUAUCCAAAGUUUAAAAGAUUGAGCUUGCCAAAUACUAGUGUUUCUACUGCAAUGCAUUACAAAACUGUAUGAAUACACUGCAAUAUUUUUCUGAGGUGACUUUUCAUGAAAUUCUGAAGCAAAAUGAGGGAUUCGAUACUAAUUUUCAUUUCAAGGAGGACUAAGUCACUGUUUAAGGGUGUGUUUUCCUUUUCAAGAUAUUAUAAUGAAAGGGUGUAAAGUGUUACCAACCCCAGCUAACCAUCAUUUCCAAUUGUCCAGCAGCUAUUCAGAGAGCUUGUUUUUCAUUAAUCAUGUACAAAUCAUCAGAGAGUAGUAACCAUAAGCUAUUAUGUCACCUACGUAGUACAUUCUAUCAUCCUAAUCUCCAUUGUCUGUACCUUUCUUUGUCCUGGUUUGCGUUCAGUGUUUCCUUUAUUGCCAGUUUAAUUUAUUAUUUUGUAUUCGUUUGCAUUCCAGAUAAGAUUCUCAGGAAGGAAAAAAAAGAUGUUUAAUAACUUGACCAUUUAUAUCUUUGGUUUCUGGCGGCUAUAAAACUAUUCUUGGUAUUUGAAAGUUGUCUCAAAUGGGUUUAUAUCAACAGCUGAAACUAAUGCAGUCCAUCAUUUUAAAGUCUUCAGAAUAAAUGUCCUCUAACUAUUGAA